AUGAGAUUGAUGUCUGGAAGUGAUCACCGUCGUCCAUGGCAGAUUCUCCAUGCAACUCUUCUCGUAAUCCUCCUCUUUGCCUGUAGAGCUCAUGGUGAGGAUAUUUUUCUUCAAUGGGACGUCGCCGUCAACACGAGUAUCAGACCUGCAUCUGUGGACCAACCGGUGAUUACAAUCAAUGGGAUGUUUCCAGGGCCUCUUAUCAAUGCCACAACGAAUGAUGUUGUUCAUGUUAAUGUGGUUAAUCAUAUGGAUGAAGCGCUGCUCAUAACUUGGAAUGGGAUACAACAAAGACGAAACUCUUGGCAAGAUGGAGUUUCCGGCACAAAUUGCCCCAUUCAGCCUUUUACAAACUGGACUUAUGUGUUCCAACUCAAGGAUCAAAUUGGGACUUUUUCCUACUUUCCCUCCAUCAAUUUCCUCAAAGCUGGUGGGGGAUUUGGUCCGAUUAGGGUUCAUCAUCGUCCAGUCAUCCAAGUACCAUAUCUGAAACCAGAAGCCGAAUUAGAUCUUCUCGUUGGUGACUGGUAUGAAACGAGUUACAAGGAUCUUAGGUCCACACUCAGUAGUAACCUAAUGGCCGCCUACAAUAGUACCCCUGAUAAAAUUUUGAUGAAUGGAAAAGGAUCAUAUCGGGAUCCUCUAACAAAGGCCUACGAGUCCUUCACUGUUAAACCAGGGAAGACAUACCUAAUUAGGAUAUCAAAUGUUGGAAGUGCUUGGAGUCUGAAUUUCUUGAUUCAAAAUCAUCGAAUGGUGCUUGUUGAAACAGAAGGAUCCUACACUAAUGCAAUCACCUUGGAUUAUCUUGAUGUACAUGUUGGACAGUCGUAUUCAGUGCUUGUCACAGCUGAUCAAGCCACUUCAGACUAUUACAUGCUAGCAACACCUAAAUUGGUUAAUGUCACUGAUAUGACCAAAUUUGGAAUUGGUGUGCUGCACUAUGAUAGUUCCACCACUGCUGCUGGCGGACCUCUACCAAUUGGCCCUGACCCUUUUGAUAUAGAACUAUCUAUCAAUCAAGCCAACUCCAUCAGGUGGAACCUGACCACAGGGGCAGCAAGGCCUAAUCCACAAGGAUCCUUCAACGUUCAUAAUGUGACACUAUCACAGACAUUCAUACUAAGUGCAUCAACAGCGGAGAUUGAUGGUACACCAAAGUUUACAGUCAACAAUGUGUCUUACUUAACCCCAGAUACACCAUUAAAGUUGGCUGAUCACUUGGUGAACGGCUCUGGAGUUUACGAGCUUGAUGAAUUCUCUACUAACUCUACAAUUGUUAAACCUGAGCGUGGGGUUUUCGUUGCAAGUGGGAUUCACAAAGGGUGGAUAGAACUUGUUUUCCACAAUGAUUUGGAUGUCAUGGACUCUUGGCAUUUGGAUGGUUUUGGAUUCUUUGUUGUUGGCUAUGGGCGUGGAAAGUGGAGCCCUAAAUCGCGCUCAACCUACAAUCUUUAUGAUCCAGUGGUGCGUUCAACUGUUCAAGUGUACCCAAGGGGGUGGAGCGCAGCUUAUGCAUACCUUGACAACCCUGGAAUGUGGAAUUUGAGGUCACAACAGUUGAAAAAUUGGUAUUUGGGUGAAGAGCUUUAUGUGAGAGUCUACGAUGCUGAUCCCAACCCUGAAAAAGAGAGGCCUUCCCCUGAUAACAUCCUUCUUUGUGGAAAAUUUGCCCCAACCACUCCCCCUUCUGCGCCGUCUGCACCUCCUCCAAAGACAUCUACUGCACCAUCUUCACAAAUUACAGCAGCAGGGUCUCAUAUUGCCAUUAUCUGCAUUGUUGCAACAUUCAUUCAGACAUCCAGAGGUUCAUUCAAUUUUUGA